AUGUCGACAAUCUCGUCAAUGUCCCGUCUGAAAGUGUCGUCGGCCAGUGUGACGAAUAGUGGAAUGCGAAAGCUCUCCUCAUCACCACAUUUGUUGGGAAUUUGUGAAGAGACCGAAGACGGAUCUGAGGUGUUCCAGUCGACGUCUAGCCGUCAUCUCCGAACGCUGGAUGAUCGAGGAGGACGGGCGAAUCGAAUUUCAGAUUUUUUUAAAAUUUCUGAAUUUCUAAAAUUCACAAGCUCCGCCCACAAAUUAAAAAUUACCGAUUUUGAAAAUUCUGAAUUUCCGAAUUUCAGAUUUUUUGAGUUUUCAAAUUUUCUAAAAUUGACAAGCUCCGCCUUCUCCCCUCAAUUUUUAGAUUUUCUGAAUUUUUUGGAGUUAUGGAUUUUUGUAUUUUUUGAAUUAAGAAAAUUCGCAAGCUCCGCCCACUCCACUAAAUAUAAAAAUUGCAAAUUUUUCGAAUUUUGGAAUUUGGAAGCUUUCCACCCACAAUCGAUAAUUUCCAGCUCAGCAUCAACUGGCCUGGUCCACUUGCCCAGCCGACACCACUCCUCAGUCCAUGCCUCCAAAUCCUCGGCCGCCUCUCUCCUCUCAACGCCAUUCGUCACAAAAGGAGGCACGACGUCCUCAUCAACACCUACAGUAACCCAAUCAGCUCAAUUCACACAAUGCACACCGAACACCUACAGUGCCGUCAGAUCGAUACGUCCACGACAGGCAAUCGUUUCGCCGGAUAUUCUGAGACGAUACGAUCCGCAUCAGAGAUUUAUAGCUAGGACGAAACGAAGCACUUCGUGUAGCUCAUCGGAUGCAUCGGAUGAUGAUGAUGGGCGGAGACUGACAAUGUUAUCAACGAAAUGCACACCGAAAUUCGAGGGAAAACGAAAGGAUGAUGAUGAUGAAACGGAUGGGGGCGUGGCUGGGAAGAAAGGGGGCGGAGUCGGUGGGGGCGGAGACACGGGUGCCACUGGAAAUGGGAGUGGAAGUCAAGGUGGAGAGAGGAGUGCAGUGGUAGGACAGAUGCAGAGUCAGGAGAAGAGGUGGGAGCGGGUUUACCAUAGUGGCCUAACUUUUACUUUUUCUAGGCCACUACAUCAGGCGUUCCUAGGCCAGCUUUACUAUGGUGGCCUAAUUUUCUCAACAUCCACACUAAACGACGGUGUCCUCCUUCUUCCACUUCGUCCGAUUCCCGAAAUGACACUUUUGGAUGAUCAAACGCUUCACUCGCCGGCGGAUAGCAUCUCCAUCAAAAACCGUAUUCUUCACACAUCACUCAGCACGCAGACGAUGAUUCGAAAAUGGACGGAAAUGGAUUCGUGGUACGGAACACCGCCCAGAGAAUAUUAUGAUGCAAGAAAAAAACUAAUAAAAGAACGACCAGAUACUCCAAAAUCGCUUCUAAAAGUGAAAAAAAAAAUUAGCAAAAAGCCGAAAAAAGAACAAAACCACAAUGAGUUUCCACAGGUCCUGGGCGCGCAUACGCAUAAUGGAUGGGCGACGGAGGACGCGCCGAUGAAUUGGGUACAGGGAAAGGACGCCGGUAUGGGGCAUAUACGGGGCAUAUGGGGCACACCGCCGCCGCAAAGCAUCUCCUCGCCUGGCUUGCUGGCACUCGAUGAAAUGAAAUAA